AUGCCAGUGCAUCGUGACCGAGAGAAGAAGGAGGGUACUGCAGAGGAGAUGGAGGUUGAGGAUCAGGAGCAAGAAGGAUCCAGUUCUGAGGAGGAGGAUUCCGAAACGUCCUCUGUGUCUGAAGAUGGAGACAGCUCUGAAAUGGAUGAGGAGGAUUGCGAGCGAAGAAGGACGGAGUGUUUGGAUGAAAUGUCAAAUCUGGAGAAACAAUUCACCGAUCUCAAAGACCAGUUGUAUCGGGAACGUCUCACUCAGGUCAACAGCAAGCUGGCAGAGGUGGAGGCCGGCCGUGCCGCAGAAUAUUUGGAUCCUCUGGCGGUGCUGCUGGAGAACAUGCAGGUCCGCACCAAGGUGGCAGGCAUCUAUAAAGAGUUGUGCUUGGACUCUGUGAAGAAUAAAUACAAGUGUGAGAUCCAGGCAGCGUCCCAGCACUGGGAGAGCGAGAAGCUGCUUCUCUUGGACACAGUUCAAAGUGAACUAGAGGAGAAAAUAAGAAGAUUGGAGGAAGACAGACACAGCAUAGAUAUAACGUCAGAGCUGUGGAAUGACGAGCUAUCGGGAAAGAAGAAGAGAAGGGAUGUCUUGAGUCUCGAUAAAAAGAAGAGAAGACCUUCAGUUGUGUCGGGGCCUUAUAUCGUCUACAUGCUUCCCGACUUGGACAUCCUGCAGGACUGGACAGCUAUCAGAAAGGCCGUCGCCACCCUUGGUCCCCACAGAGGAAAGGUGGAGUCCGACAGCUCCGCUUUCCCCUUCAGAACGGACAGAAGCCGACCUAUUCUCAACUGCUGAGGCAUAGCAACGCAGACACAAAACAUGGUGUGAUGGAAAGCUGCGCGCAAAACAUCCUUUAAACCGCAACCGAGGUCGACAUAAGCUUAAGAUCCAAUUGUGCGUUUGAGUUUGGUUCAUCUUUAGCUUCAUUAUGGUAUGGGAACGGACCAACCUUUUUGAGGCUUGCUCCAAGCACUUUUCAAGGUGCCCUGAAAAUGAUGAGACCUUAUCGUUUGUUCCUGGGACCUGACACGGACGGACGGACGGACGAGUGACACUGCUUGCUCUGUCUGCUUGUGCUUGAAAAAGGCCUCGGAGCUUUUUUUAUUUGGCAACAUUUACAAAUAUGUCACACAGUCGAUCCUGACACCAUCAUUGGUUUUGGUAAGCCUCACAUGUAAACAGUAAGUGACUCACUCUUACCAGUAGUAUUUCAGGUCAACUCGGUACGCUGACAGAUUCUUCUUUUUUUUUCCCCCACACAAAGCGCAUACUAUUACACACAGACAUUAUAUCAUCGAAUGUUUUGAUUUUGUCUGACAUGACCACUUGUGAAUAUUUCCUUCUCACAAGGGCCUUAAAACCUAUGCAGGGAAUUGAUGUUUGUGAAGCUUUUGGAUUUUGCCAAAUCAAUGGUUUUAUUUUAUAUUGAUCAAAUUAAUUUAAUUGCGUGUAGUUUUUGUACAGUUUGCUGGCGAUUGCAUUUGUUAUUGCCUGUAACGCAUUGUGAUUCAUUGGUAGCAGAAACUGCCAAAUAAUGACAUCAAAUCAUUUUGUGUUGAAUGCUGAUGUCUGUAACUUUGAGUUUUCAUACAAUCUGUAAAGUCUUCCAGAGGAUGCAUUGUUUUUUUGUUUUUCUUAUUAAAAUAUAUUUUCUAGCCUCA